GUUUUUGUUGAUGCGGAAGAGAGACGAACUUCUUUGAGGAUGUUUUGCGAUUGCUGUAUAAUGAAAUAUAAGUAGCAAGUAACAGCCAAAAAGAAAGGUACAGUGUUAGCGGCUUUACAGUUUUACCUGAAACAACAGGCUUAAGAUUGAACGACAUCUCAAAACCUAAUGGCUGGUGGUAAUUUACAGAAAGCUAUAGAUUUGGCAACCAAAGCUGCAGAGGAGGACAAAGCCAAAAACUACGAAGAGGCCCUCCGAUUGUAUCAGCAUGCAGUGCAAUACUUCCUUCAUGUUGUCAAGUAUGAGGCCCAGGGUGAUCGAGCGGCGCAGAGCAUCAGGGCCAAGUGUGCGGACUACCUGGACAGAGCUGAGCAGCUGAAGGAGUAUCUGAGGAAGAAGGAGAAGAGUCCUCCGGCCAAACCUGUCAAAGUGUCCCAGUCGGAUGACAAAGGGAAUGAAAGUGGCGACGACGCAGAGAAAAAGAAGUUCGAAAAUCAACUCUCAGGUGCUAUUGUCAUGGAAAAGCCAAAUAUUAAGUGGAACGAUGUAGCUGGACUUGAGGGGGCCAAAGAAGCCUUAAAAGAAGCUGUGAUCCUGCCCAUCAAAUUCCCUCAUCUGUUCACAGGAAAGCGAACUCCUUGGCGGGGAAUCCUUCUGUUUGGCCCUCCAGGAACAGGGAAAUCCUACCUGGCCAAGGCAGUAGCCACAGAAGCAAACAACUCCACCUUCUUCUCCAUCUCCUCAUCCGACCUUGUGUCCAAGUGGCUGGGGGAAAGCGAGAAGUUGGUGAAGAGCCUGUUCACUUUAGCCCGAGAACACAAGCCUUCCAUCAUUUUCAUCGACGAGAUCGACUCCCUGUGCGGCUCCAGGAGCGAGAACGAGAGUGAAGCAGCGCGCAGAAUAAAGACAGAGUUCCUCGUCCAGAUGCAGGGUGUUGGGAAUGAUAAUGAUGGAAUCCUGGUCCUGGGAGCCACAAAUAUACCGUGGACACUGGACUCAGCCAUCAGGAGACGGUUUGAAAAGAGAAUCUACAUUCCUCUGCCCGAGGAGCACGCCCGCUCCUUCAUGUUCAAACUGCAUCUGGGCUCCACCCCCAAUGAACUGACAGAGGCGGACUUCAUCACUCUGGGCAAGAAGACAGAGGGCUAUUCCGGGGCAGACAUCAGUGUUAUCGUUAGAGACGCCCUCAUGCAGCCUGUGAGGAAGGUUCAGUCAUCCACUCACUUCAAAAAGGUUCGUGGGUCAUCAUGGAAGAACCCCGGCGUUGAGGUGGAAGACCUCCUGACCCCGUGUUCGCCAGGUGAUCCCAACGCCAUAGAGAUGACGUGGAUGGACGUUCCUGGGGAGAAACUUCUAGAGCCAGUCGUGAGCAUGGCCGACAUGCUGAGGUCACUGACGAGCACCAAGCCGACGGUGAAUGAGGAAGACUUGGAGAAGCUGAAGAAGUUUACUCAAGAUUUUGGUCAAGAGGGCUAAUAAUACUCAACCUCUACUCAUUAACAGGACUGCAACUAACAAUUAUUUUCAUUGUCAGUUAUGCUUUUGAUUAUUCAAUUAAUGUUUUGGUCUGUAAAGUGUCUAAAAUGGUGUAAAAUGUCAAUCACUGGUUAGUGGAGCCCAAAGUUCUUACUUUCUCAGUCUGAUCAGAAAAGUAAAUAUUACCUAAAGAUGUGAAACUAAUGUUUGCCGUUCUUACUGGAGAAUUUACUAAAAUAAUUAAUUUAUGAUCAAAAUCUUAAUUGACGACUUUUGCUUUCAAUCAGUAAUCAGCAGUAUUUACUGCUAAUUUAUCAUUCGACUGAGGCUCAUGUUUACAUCUAGACAUUUGUAAAGUUUCAUAUUUGUUUUCCUUGGUUUUAUUUUGCUGGUGGUGACGCUACAGUGAGUAAAUGCACAUUUUCAACACAACAUACCUCUUGAUAUAGUCUAAGGGGUCAGUUUCAGGGUGGGCUUUUAUAAAUGGGAAUUUAUUUUAUAAGAUGUAUGAAUGGUAGCUCUCUUCUCAACAUGUAGACAACCUUAUACUGGUUAUUUGUAUUUCACUACAUAUAAAGUUGUAAUUACUAGCUUAAAUAUUGUGCAAUAAUGCUUUUAAAAGCAUAAAUUCUAGAUUCUGAUCAACUUUGGCCAGUGAACAUCUGUGCACACAUUUUCUACACUUUUAAGUUUCGACUUUCAGCCUUUAGUCUGUUACAGUAUGUUCUAAAUGAUCCUGACAGUAUGCUCAAACUGUGUUGCCACUGGGUUUGAAGUAUGUCUUUACGUGGGUGUUUUUUCAGGGUGUGCAGAGGUGACUUAUUGGUUAUAAAUAAAACCUGUUACAGCGGU